GCGCGCCUCGUUAAUGCUCAUACUAACCCAACAGCCUUUCCUUACCAGACGAUAACUGUAGGAAACGAACGACUCCCGCUUACUCACCAUACACACCAUACACCCCAUAACCUUGGGGCAGUCAGUCUCUUACAGGAGCCAUGGCGACCGACAAUGACUACGAUGUCUUGGAGAAGAUUGGGCAGGGCUCGUUUGGGGUGAUUCGCAAAGUGCGCAGAAAGACGGACGGCGAGGUCAUCUGCCGCAAAGAGAUCUCAUACACGAGAAUGUCAGACCGCGAAAAGGAACAACUGCACGCCGAGCUGCGCAUUCUCGAAUCGCUGCGCCACCCCAAUAUUGUGCAGUACUACCACCGACAGCACCUCAAGUCUUCUCACGACCUUCAUUUGUACAUGGAGUAUUGCGGCAAUGGCGAUUUGGGUGGCUACAUUCGCAAACUGAAGGACCGGAACAAAAUGGCCGACGAGGACUUUAUCUGGUCCAUCUUUGCUCAGCUCGUGGGAGCCCUAUACCGAUGCCAUUAUGGCGAGGACCCGCCGCCUGCUGGCAAGGAAGGCAACGUGCGAAAGGGCAAGGCGCUGGUCAGCAAGCAAGGCCACACCGUCAUCCUGCAUCGUGACCUCAAGCCGGAGAAUGUGUUUCUCGGCGACAAUAACAGUGUCAAGCUUGGCGACUUUGGUCUCUCCAAGAUCAUCGCUUCCCACGACUUCGCCAGCACCUACGUCGGCACACCAUUCUACAUGAGCCCAGAGAUAUGUGCUGCAGAGCGAUAUUCGCAUCACUCGGAUAUCUGGUCCAUGGGCUGCAUCAUCUACGAGCUGGCAUCACGACAGGUGCCUUUUGAGGCUCGCAGCCAUAUGGAGCUCGUUUUGAAGAUCAAGAAAGGUUACAUCAAGCCUCUACCUGCACAGUAUAGUCAGGACCUCACAGAUGUUAUCUCGUGGUGCUUGAAGACAGACCCGCGCCAACGACCCGACUGUGCUCAGCUCCUGGGAGUGGCCAAUAUCAAGGUGGCCCGCACUCGCCUCGAACAAGCAUCAGCACUGGGGCAGCUGGGCAAACUGCAGACCGACCGCGACUCUGCAUUUGCCAAGCUCGCUGCGGCACAAAAGCAAAUUCAGGAGUUGCAGAGCGAAGUUGCAAAGCUUCGUGAGGCUAAUAAGAAGGUCGAAAUGGAGUGGCAUGCCCGUGCAACGCUCGCGAUCGAUCAGAAAGUGCACGAGGCACAUGAAAAGAACAAGGCGGAUUUACUCAUCCAGUUCGACUCGGCAGUCGAGAAGCGCGCCGAAGAAAAGCUCGCUCUCCAUUUGGCCAGCAUCCCCACGACGACGAAUGAGUCGCUCGCCUCCACCCACAUUCGCUCGUCGACACCGCCUCCCGCUCGUCGAGACAUCUCCAACUUCAGCGGCUUUUCCAACAAGGUCCCCGACACCGAUGCUUCAUCCCUGCCGGACCUCGACGAAUCCAUCAUCGAACAAGACCUCACCUCGCUUUCAUUAGGGGACAAUGGUCUCGAAACACCAGACGAAAUGGUGUCUCCUCUUGCCAAUCGCACCACCAAACUCCCGCCCAAGAAGCGUGAACGCAAACCUUUUGUCCGAGCCAAGACGUUUGCCAACUGCAACGCUGUCGCCGCCCACCGAGACAGUCCAAUGGACGUCCACAUGGCCGACCCUUCCCCAGCCCAUCAUCCCGCCAUACACAUGAGAGGGUUCGUCUCACCGAGAAAAGGCGGUCGUGAACUCCCACUCAAGCGCAACAUCUUCAGUGCAGCAGCAGCAAUUGCCGAAAAGGAGAAUAUGAGACCUCCGACCUCUACAACCUCUGCGGUGCGAGGCCGCACUUUGGUGGAGCUCAGUAGUGCCAAAUCUGCUUCUGCUUUGCAGAGUCCUGCCAAGUGGAUUGGCAACCCGGCCAUUUUGGAGGAUAUGAUGCCGUCUCCUUUUGUGAAGAGGAGGUGAAGAUGGUGUGAUGACGACGAACGAUGAUGAUGAUCAUAAAAGCAUUAUAAAAAAGUCCAAGCAUUUGCUGGAUGUAAAAUGUUCGUCCUGAGCGCGGCGGCUUACGCGGAAAGAAAAAGAAAGAAGAAAUUCUUUGUGUGGUGGUGAUGGUGGUUGAAUCGCCAUCAUUGGAAUGUUUUUGCUUUUCGUAUCGUUGCCCUGGCCUGAGCUGGACUGGACUGAACGGGACGGGACGGGACCGAUGCAUGCAUGCAUGCACACACAACAUGACAGACAGCAGCAUGUUCAGGAUGGGGAUAGAUGGAUGUGUCCCGGAAAAAUUCAUGGAGAAUGAACAGAACAUGGCAUUGGCGCUGUUUUUCUUUUGUUCAAAGAUACACACACAAACACACCCACCAUCUGGUGGUGUCGUCGUCGUCGUCCUUGGGUCUUCUUUGUUUCCUCUUUUUUGGAUUGGGAAAUGGGAUGUCUCAUCACGCGUUCGAGCGUGGAGUUGAAGUUACUUUUGUCUUGUCACAGGCGGGGGGACAGGGGAAGGUGAAUUGGAU